CUUCUAUCUUAAAGUUUCUCUAUGAUUGCUUUUUAUAAUCUUCCUGCUUUCAUCUCAUGAUGUAAAAAGCACUUCUUGCACUCAAGAAUCGUAACAACAAAAUGAAGAAGGCCCCGCCCGUUAUGAAGCCUCAGAAAGGUGGAGAGCCAAAAAAGGGCGCAAAGAAGGAGGCGCAGGAAAAAGCGAAGCCAGUGAAAGAAUGGGGGAAGAGUAGCGAGAUGCUCAGAACAAAGAAAGGGGGAAAUUAUGAAAGGACAGCGAGAAGGAUCCACUUUCGUGCGUUUUUAUCGUUUUAUUUACCUAGGCUCCUCGUCGAAGAGGUGUUUGCAAUGAUGAAGAAGUACUUACUCAUGAUCAGACUCCUGAAUGAAGUAGUUGUAUGAUUCCCAUUUUUCCAUCACCACAUCCAAUUUCGUGACGGACCGGGUAAAUUGUUCGGGAUCGCUCGCUUCUAUGCCAAAGACUGGACGGACGACGAUGGGCUGCCAGAGUCCUGGCCAGUGGGAGGAACAGUCUACAUUCGGUUGUCGUGGAGUUUACCUGACGCGUCUGACUUGAUUCAGAAACUCCGACAAGACCCGAGGUACUUCGAUGGUACCAAUUUCAAACCUCGUGUAGAUAUGUCGGAGCUGGUCGAGUUUAUCUUCCAGAACUGGUCUUAAGGCAAAGGCACUCAUGUGGUGUUCGAGCUAGCUAGUCGGCUAGUUGUACUUAAUAUUCAGUGAGCUUCUUGGGAGGUGUAUCUUCUAUGUGUGCGCCCUUCCUAGGAAGAGCUUUAGGGGUCGAUGCCAUUGUAUGUGUAGUACGAUUUACAAGGGGGAGCAAGCUACCGACGAACCGCUCUAACUGUCGCCGCGCACGGCAUUCUUCCAAGGGCAAACAGUGCUAAAAAAUACCGAAAGGGUGCUCCCAGUCAAAAGUGAUAAGAAGCGAGCGGCAGCGCCGACUACAACAGGCGGGAACCGUGCACGAGAGGAGAAAGCGGCGCUGCUUGCGCUACAAGAUGAAGAGCGGAACGGAGAUCCCACGCGAACCCCUCACGCAUCAGGAGCGGGGCCCUCGAGCUCCUCUGCUUCCAUCUCUCGGCCCGUUCGCGUUAAAAGAGAGCUGGAUAGUGAAGGGUGUGCCAUUUUCAGCAACGUAAAGCAGGAGGAGCUGGCGGAUAGUGCUGAAGUCGAUGACGAUGAUGGUGCUAUCUUUGGAGACACGCCAGGCACUGCUGCCGGAUGUCAGACCAGUAUGGCGCAAGGUUCCGAGUUCAAUUUUGAGGAAUUCUGGAAGGAACAACUAGAAGGCCAUGAAGGUAGCAACGAUGGGGACAAGGACUCCAAACGCAAUAAGAAGGGCAACGGCGUGGAGCAAAAAGGCGACAGCCAGAACGAUGGCGCACUCGCGCUGUUGCAUGGCGAUAGCUGCGACGCAGCGGAGGAUGGGGACACGCUUCUGGCUAUUCCUGCCAACUUGCCUCAGAAGCCACAUGAUCUGAAAAUGGUAUAUCUGAAUCGUGCCAAAGCCAGGAACGCAAUGAAGAAGAAGCUCGAGAAAUGGUGGCGGGAACUUUGUGCACCGAAGGGGGCUCUCUGUCUUGUGCGGGCCGAAAAAGUGACUAAGGCCGCCACUAGUGGGAAACCCAUGCUGGUGGAGACGUUAGACGAAGGAGCUUGCGCAGUCUUCAAGGAAGAAAUGCACCACGCUGACCGGCCAGCGUUUGUUAUGGGGUGGGUGCGUGUUCCUCUGUUCUGACUGCCCUACUGCUUGCGCUAUAUUCUCGCGAUUAUUGUGUAGUCUCUUCUUUAUCUCCUUGAGCCCUUCGUUGUGACGCUCCAAUAUGGAUGCCAUGUGUGUGCUAUGUGAGAGACGAUGGCGAUUCCUCUUCGCCUCCUCUAUUGACCAUUUUCGCACAUUUUCAUGUCAUAGGAGAAAGGACCCGAUGGUGUGGGCGUUACAAAGUACCGACCAUGCUACCACUACCGCCCCGUGCGUGUUGUGAAAAAAAUUGGGCGGAAGUUGUUUGACGCAUGUACACUAUUAGGCACGAACUUCUACAUUACCGACGAAGCAGUAAAGCUGUGCCAAGAGUAUAAUUUGCAAAGUCAUGACGACAGCGGUAUCGACUACGCCAAGAUCCUGCAAACCAAGGACUACUCCGCUCUGCAUGCUGUAGCCGCUGGGGAAAAUCAGGGCCAGGCUUCUGCUUUAAGGCUGACAGGGAAACGAAACGAAGAGUCUAGCUCCAGCCAUCCACUUUUAGAAGCAACGAGGAAAAUAGUCAAAAUGCUUGAACAAUAAAUGGUUGGGGUCGUGUUUGAGCGAGUCAUGUUAUCUUCACCUACCAUCGCUUCUAAGUCAAACAAUUGGAGACGACUUCGACUUUGAUGCAGAAGUGGAUGAGGGUCAGCUAGGUGGUGGCCAGUAUUCUGUAUUUGGUACGCGUCAGGAUGCUCGCCAUGUCUGUCUCGGACUCGCUGGAGGCUGUUGCCCAUCCUCAGCAUCCAGUGCACGGUUGGAAUCUAAGGUCAGCAAAAAACGUGCUGCCUCUUCCAGGUCGCCGUCUCCUCGAGACCGCGGAAUAGGAGGCCAAGAAGAUGAUCUUCUAGACGACGACGAUGGAACGAAAAAAACAGCAGCAAAACCGAAGACGACGCAGUCUCGAUGUGGAGUAAGUCAAUCUGCGAAGGCGAUGAAGACCAGCCCAAAGGCCAAAAAAAAGGGGACAAGUGUUAAGGUUGCUUUUUAAUAUUGGCUAGUACUCGGUGACCCAUAUUAAGAAAAAUUUUACUCGGAAGAAUCCUCCGAGUUUGUCAUUGUCGGAUCAUUUAAUUCUGACAGAAGACGACAGAUAGACGGGUUAGGGAUAAGCGAAUGAACAACAUGAAGAGUGCCAUUGCUAACAUAACUCUGCCGGCAGAGGUGGAGGUGGGCGUAAAUAUGCUGGAGGGCGGUAGUAACUCCAACGUCGAGGAGAGUGCUUGUUCUGUUCUGUUAUCCGAAAAAGAAGCUCCGCAGACCACUGGCGCAGCGUCUCGGCAUGCGGGUGAGAAUCCUUUCUUGAGUGAUUUCUUCAGUGAUCCCGUUGGGCAGAACGAGGACGAUGAUCACUAUGAUGCUGAUGACCCGUCUGACAAGAAUCGCCAGACGAAUGGGUCUAAAUCGUCCACUGCGCGCCCUUCCGGUUCCGGUCGUGGUGGAAAGAAGAUGAAGAAGACAGCGGCGAUGAAGAAAAACGAAAAAAAGAGGAAGAGCGAAGGGAAGGCUAUAAAUAAGAAGAAAGCCGCCAGCACCUCCUCGAAAUCGUCCGCGGUGUCUUCGUCCUCAUCCUCGUCCGCCAGGCCUGUUGGUAAAGCAGCAAAAACAAGCCAGAAAGUAACGACGAAAAAAUCUAGUCUGGCAACAAUUGCAGAAGGUGUCGAGGCCGAGGAGGAACAAGAAGGCCAUCAACGUCAGCAGUCGAAAGUAGAAAGCGAUGGCGCCGCUGAGCUGGAUGCUAAAAAAGGCCUGAAGGUCGAGGCAACUAAUUCAACCUCGAGAGGCGGCUCCAAUCCCAAUCUGAGUGUCAUCCUUGAAAAGGCUGGUAAAAGUGGUCAAAAGUAUCACGAGCGCAAGUUUUCCGACAGUAUAUUUGCCAGCACGGCGCAGCCGCAAGAACAAGAUCAAGAAGAUGAAGAUCUCGCGCUUCCACCAGGAGAACGCGAACGUGUAGAAAGGCUUGGGCCUCCUAACGUGCUACCCACGUCCAGUAUUAAGCAUACCCAUCAACGUCAGGGCAAUGAUGAAAAAGUAGAAGUAGAAGUAGAUGAAGACCCCCGCCCGUCAGAAGACGUAAAACUGACGGCGUCAAUUCAGUCGUCUUCAGAUAACGAUGUUGUCUGUAGUUCGCUCGGUGGUAAGCCCAUCGAGCACGAACCGCCACCUUCUAUCGAGGAGCAUCAGCCGAAGUCUUCACAGCGUGGCGACAUUGUUCACCAAGACAAGGAAGGCACAAAUAAGGCAACGGAAGGAGAUCAGAGCAAGAGCACGCCAGAACGCAACGAGUACGACCAGAAACAAAGCAGAAUGUCACCAGAGGAGGGCAGUGUAGACGGCCACAAGGAUUCCACCAAGAUUGUUGCCGGUGCGAGUGUGGAGAGCACUGACGCUUCUCCUGUUCUUGGUGACGCGGAAGAGGAGAACGAGGCUGCAGAAGAGGAUAAGAUGGAUGAAGACAGCUGCUAUCAGGUAGUGGUAAAGUCGGCGCACCAUGAAGAAAAUGAUAAGGCUCUCUCCAUGUCUAUCAACGUCGUGGAAUCCGCGUCGCGCAAACAGGAACACGAAGUGGAGCUGCAGAGCGCUCAGUCUCAACAUCUUCUAAAAAUGCACUCUGAGGAGAAAACGGAGCAGCAUGUUGCACAAGCAAAUCAUAGCCCGAUGGAUACUACAGAUCAUGCAGAAGAUAAACCACAUGAAGAUCAUGAUGAAGCUGAAGUAGAUGAAAUUGUUGAAGAUCAUGACACGAAGAAUGUUGUUGGCAGUACCAAGGAUGAGCAGGAACAGCCGACUGCAGCUAGAACCAACAAGGAGCAGCCGAAUGAUGUAACUACGGGUGACUUCAGAUCUAGCGAAUUGGGCCCAGCUGACGGGCAGCUUCAAGGAGAUGGCCACGAAAUAAACGCGGGAGCUGCUUCUAUGGCUUCUCACAGUUCAAGUUCUGUGCCGCGUGAUGACUUCAGCGAAGAAGAACCGGCUUCACCAGCAGUGUUUCAUAGGAGUUUUAACGCCGUUGGUGCUUCGACAGGAAGAGGUCGCAAUCCCAUUGACGGUGCAGGUGCUACUUCAAUGCCGAUGGUUGACGCGGUGUCGUCUAACGGACUAGCAUCUGUGCACUCUCGCAACGAACAACAACAAGGACAAGGACCUGACUCAGUCUUACCGCGUGCUAGCAUUAGUCCGAGCAGGUUCAGCAUUAGUAGUAAUGGUGGUAGCUUUAACUCACCUUUUCAGACACCACGCGAAGCGUGCUCGCAGUUGUCCGAGGAUGGUCGUGGCAAUUAUUUGCGGGAUCCAAAUGGAGGCUCAGUUUUGCCAACUUCGGGUGCUCCAGGUGCAUCAUCGUCUUCCUCCGCAUCCGCAGGACAGGUGCCACUACAUGUCUAGAGUUUGAAAUUGUUGUCCUUGAUGCAUGUCUUAGUAGAAAAUACAUUUCUUGAUCACACAAAGACUACAAAAUCAACAAAAACACAAUGAUCAGGCGUACUUACUCGUUCCUCGAUGUGCUUAUGAAUGUAAGUAUGUUUUUUGGAACGAAAUCAUGUAUGAUUGAUUCGUCUUAGGUUUCCUUGUAGAUGUAGGAGAUCAUCAUCAUACUCAUUCUCAUAUAUUAUAUAUCCAACUUGUCUACAGGAACCCACACGUCAAACUGGUGCAUCGCGUCCCACCACUGCUCCCGGACCAAAGCGACGACCAUGGAUUCCAUGGCUCUAAGGAAGCCGCGGACCGAGUUUUGAGGCAAAUAAAUACGGGAAGAAAAUAUUGUCCUCUGAAACCACUGAGUCAGGGCCUCCUGUGUCUGCUCCUACUUCAGCAAUGUUCUUGACGGUGAACAGCCUUGUCGUUCAGUGCUUGCGGACAUAAUUACAGCCCCAUCGUACGCCGGGCCCACUGACGUCUUCAUCCCCUAUUCUGAGCAAGAACUACUAAUUUAUGUAUUUUUAUAGCCCCUCUCCCUGUAUGGAAUAGUACGAAAACCAAUACAAAGUCUAUUUUCAAGAACUGUUCCCGGUACUAUACUUCAUCAUUAUAUAUUAUAAUAUAAAUAUACAUUCCUCUUAUGAAUAAAGUUAUGACUAUGAGUGUGUAGCUGAUACAAGAAGAAGAACUACGACAAUAAAGUGAAUCCCAGAUGGAAUUCCAGUGUAGACUUGUCGUUGUGGUCCCGUGAGAGCCAAGAGGGACACGGGUACUCUUAAGCACUGACUUCCUUUUCCGAGUGAGAGUAGUCUCGAGUGGUUCGUGAUGAAAGAG